AGCUCCGGGCCAACGGCGCUGGUCAGGAAAGCUCUCUCCAGUGAGGAGGAGGAGGGGGGCCACGGGGACGCAACUGGUAUUUUCUCACCCCUCUUGUGUCGGUGUCCGCCCUCCUUGACCGUCCAGCGCACAGCAGGAGACGACAUUUAGUCGGCGUUCAGAAACGAGUGGAUAUAUCAUCGGGAUGGAUGGACCGAGUGAGCGGGUUUCGCCGUGAGACUGGCGCUAAUUUGACGUCCUGAGCAGCAGGUGCACAGAAAGAUAAAGCAGGCUAACGGGCAAUUUCAGUGUUCAUGAAACUUUGCUACGAUUUCCGUGCUGGGGUUGCCGUCCACCAUGUUAAGGUAAAGCCCAGGUGUGCGGUGUUGACCAUGCUAAAGCGCCUGGACAAGAUCCGCUUCCGAGGCCCCAGGACGAGAGACGACUUCCCGGAUCUGGCUGAGUCGCCGCCCGCCUCCGACAACGAAUGUAGUGACGACAUGCAGCAGAAGCCGAGAACAGCUCUGCGAGACACAGACGAGGUCCUGCGAGACCCUGCUGGUUCGGGGUCUCCCACUAUGGCUGCAGCCAUCCAGGACUUCCAGAGGUCAGAGUCGGACCGACUCAAUGAAGUCAAGGGUCACUUGGAAAUUGCCUUACUGGAGAAACAUUUCCUACAGGAGGAACUGAGGAAGCUGCGAGAAGAGACCAGUGUAGACUCCCUGCGGCAAGAGCUCGAGAAGGAGCGGAGCAAAAGGAUAGACCUGGAGCAGAAGAUGAAUGAUUUGCUCAAAACUAGGCUAGAGGAUUCUCCACCACAACCUCCCAGAAAACAGCAGUCGCCCUCAAACAAUGGAACAGCAGAGAAACAGCAGAAGGAAGUCUGGAGUUCACGGCUGCAGAAGUGGCUGUACGAGCGCUUCGGGGUCUACAUCGAAGACUUCCGCUUCCAGCCGGAGGAAAGCACAGUGGAAGCUGAGGAACCACUAAGUGCUAAAAGGCUGACAGAAAACAUGAGGCGACUCAAGCGAGGAGCCAGACCUGUCACCAACUUCUUAAGGAACCUCUCCGCCUUAUCUAAUUGGCACUCCGUGUACACCUCAGCUAUUGCCUUCAUUAUUUACAUGAAUGCUGCUUGGCACGGCUGGGCCAUUCCCAUGUUGCUGUUCCUGGCUAUCCUGCGCUUGUCCUUAAAUUACCUCAUUGCCAGAGGUUGGAGGAUCCAGUGGAGCAUUGUGCCUGAGGUCUCUGAACCCAUGGAGCCUCCAAAGGAAGACUUGACUGUGUCUGAGAAGUUCCAGCUUGUACUUGAUGUUGCACAAAAAGCGCAGGUAUAACAAGAAUCUUUUGGGAAGAUGGCUGAUGUUUUAGAGAAGAUAAAGAAUCUGUUCAUGUGGGUGCAGCCAGAGAGCACCCGGAAACUUUACAUCUGCCUGUGGGGCUUCAUCUCCUCCUGCGUCCUGCCGUACAAACUGUUGGGCUUCAUGAUUGGCGUGUAUGCCGGCAUCAAGUUCUUCAUCAUAGACUUCAUGUUUAAGAGCUUGUCCAAGCUUCGGGACAAAUACGACACACCUUACAUCGUGUGGAACAGCCUUCCCACCGACCCCCAGCUCAAAGAGAGGACAAACGCCACUGUGUCCCGACGGGUUCAGCCAGUGGUUUCUCGGAGCAGCCUCACCACCACCCCCAUGUGGGUGAACAGAGAGGAGGAGACGGGUCGCUCUCACAGCACCAAAAAGGGAGCCUUCCAUGAGAUCUUCAACCUGCCGGAGUCGGAGCGCCCUCUGCCGGUCUGUGAAAAUGGCUGGAGGUGUUGCCUAAUAAACCGAGACAGGAAGAUGCCCACAGACUACAUUAGGAAUGGGAUGCUUUACGUCACAGAGAAUUAUCUGUGCUUUGAGAGCUCCAGCUCCAGAUCGAGCUCCUCCAAGAAGAAUAAAGUCAUCAAGCUGGUGGACAUCACUGACAUACAAAAGUACAAAGUGCUCUCAGUCCUACCAGGAAGUGGGAUGGGCAUCUCAAUAGCCACACCUUCCACUCAGAAGCCGAGCAUCUCUGUCUCCUCCAGCCAACUGGUGUUCGGUGCCAUGAUCCACAGGGACGAGGCUUUCGAGGCCAUCUUCACUCAGUACAUGAAGAUCGUGACCACCAGCAAACCCCCGGCCAGCGCAGAGCUCUAAAGAGCCUUCGGCACUUCCUCCGCUGGGGCUAAAGUCUGAUGCAGAGAGCCUCCUAGAGUUUCAGCUGAACUGGAAGACACGCUCUAACACCGCACUCUUCAACCGUGUGCGAGCUUCCUCCUCCUCAUCGACGAUCUUGGCCAGCUCCAUUUGGUGGAUUUUUCUGUUUAGGCCAUGUUAGAGGGAAUAUGUGGGUGCAGCUGGUGUUUAGCCACAUGACACAUUUUUUGUGGGUGUUGGAUUACGGACACAAUUUACUAAGAGAGGAGGAGGAUCAGUGUGGUGUUUUAUCAAUCAGCAGAAGGCUGGUGAGGGGGGGCCGGUUCUCCUCUCCCACCUACUGACUAGCUGCCCGCUUUCCUGACUUAGUUGUUUCUGUGUUUGCAUGUGUGCCGCGUGUGUGUCUUAAGGUCUUAAAUUGCGUCUUAAGUGCUGUUUUUCUGUACCCAUGGUAGGAAGACUUCAGAAACCACUCAACCUGGAUGUACAAUGAAUAUCGUUAAAAAAACAAAAAAGCUGUUCUCUAACUGCCACACAUGCGAGCUUUUACAAAUCACCCACCGCAAAAACAACUGUUAAUGUAAAAAUCUACAAACAGGCUGACCGGUGCUUCAUGUACAUGCGUGACUGAUCCAUGGCUGCUUUUUUUUUUUGUAUUUUAGCUGU